CGUCUAGGUUUACUCUCUAAACGAGAAGUCCCGCCCCUAACAAUCUGAAAUUUCGUAAUCUCCCGGCCACCCAUGAGUUUGGCCAAUCAGCAUUCACCAACUUGACGCCAGUUUGGGCGGAGGGCACAUGAACCCACGGGCGCUGUCGUUGCCAAGUCUGAAAUUUCACCAGAGCCUGGUAUAGGCUACACAGCUGUCAGUGAGCAGCCUAUCCUCAGUUGUUAAAGUUGGUUGUUUCUUGCCAUUGGAAAUAUUAUAUAUCUUCCGAAUUUCCAGUCGAUGAAAAUUUAUUGGUAAUAAAGAAGCCGAUAUAAACCAUUAACGUGAGAUCAGAUAUCCCUGGACACUUUAUGGCUAGUGAAUCCAGAGAAUAUGAGUGCUGCUAAAGCAACUCCACAGCUGCCUGCUACAAUGUCAAUGUCAGUUUCCAAUACUGGAGUAUUGACAAAUGAAGCUGCACCUGCCAUUCAGUCUUCUGCUUCAAUUGUUGUCAGCUCCAGUCCUAUUUCUAUCAGUUCUAUUCCUUCUCACCCUCAACAAACCCACACUCCCACUACAUUCUUUACGGUAUCAUCCCCAGUGUCCUCCGCUGCUGUAGUAACUACUAUGGGCCCUCCAUCAACACCUGCUCCACAACCCCAUCCUCAACUGGCACCUUCUUCUCUUCAGCCCCAGAAUCAUGCAGCUCCUCAAGGCAUACAGCAUCCAACCAUUCCAAACGUGCUUCCUUCACCAUUGGCUCAGGUUCAAGUUAUCCACCAACCACUUCAUAAUCCAGCAUAUGUUCAACAGUUAUACACUCCACAACAACAAAUGUUACUUCCUGGAGGACUCACCAUCCAGUCAGCUUCUAUGGCACCAACUUUGCAGAGCUUAGGAAUGGCCCCUGCUGGUCUGAGUCUCCAGCUUCAAAGCAAGGGACCUCUUGAUCCGAAGACUCAGGGAGUUGCUGUUACUGGUCCUACCCUCAUCCCCACCUCUCCUCUACAGACUGUUAAUACACUUGGAAAGGGGCUAGGAAUAAGCACUGCCAACUUAGUGUCAGGGGCGGGGCAAGUUGUUGCUACUGGAGGAAAAAGUUCCAUGCCAGGGCAAGUCAUAACCGCCAAGUCCACAACGGUCAUUCAAGGACAAUCAGGCUUUGUUCCUGCUACCACCAGUCAGACUGUAGUGAUUGGUCAGUUAGGUGUUCUCUCGAGUCAACCAUCUAUACUGCCAACACAAAGUAAAGGUUUCUUGGACAAUCAGAAAGGAAAAUCUUUUGUAAUCAAUCAUAAUGCAGCACUCCAGCCCAAAUCUCCCAUCUUUCCAUCACCAGUGUCAUCUGUUGGUAGUACAGCUCAAGUUCUGACCAGUACCCAGUUGAAGCAGUUGACCUCUUCUCCCCAACUGAUCACCACACAGGCUACUGGAGCUAUGCUGGCUGGACAUUCACAUAUAUUAGGAUCAUUCCAAGCUCUUGGAGCUCCUCUUGGACAAGGAAUUACUUGGGCUACCCCUGGUGGCUUACAGUCACCAGCUUUGCUUGCUCAGAAUCCCAUCUUUAUUCGCAGUCAACAGUCAGACAUGUUUAUUCAGUCUUCCCCAGCUGCACCAGGUACCAUCCAGGCAGUGCCAGUGGCAGCUGCUGCCACUCCGGGACCUAUUUCUGCCACUAGUAAUCAUAUACCUAAACAGAAACAAAUUAGCAGAUCAUCGCUGCUGACAGACACAACAAAUUCGAAACCACUUCAGACUGAAAAACAACCUAAGCCUGAAGUUACAACCAGUACUAAAGUUGUGUUACUGGACAACAAAGAUAAAUCACUCAAGGGGUCUGGUGAAAUAGCCAAAUGUGAGUUUUGUGGUAAAUUAGGACCGAAGUCCAAGUUUAAAAGGUCGAAAAGAUUUUGUUCUACAUCUUGUGCCAAGCGUUACAAUGUAGGCUGCUCUAAACGGCUAUCUCUCUUUCCAUCACCUGAUCAACAGCCUGUGACUGUCACAGGUAAAGUAAUGAAGAAGAAGAUUGGUUACAAAGCAAGGAAAGGAUGGAGAAAAUCUCAAAGUGGACGAUUGUCGUACAAUAUCGCUGAAUGGCAACAGAAUCAAGAAUUGAACAAUGCUGAUCACUCAGUAAUUGAAAUGGAAGCAGAAAGCGAGGGAUCUGGAAAAGCUGAACAAGGAACAGAAGAGAAUGAAGGGGAAGAAACUACUGAUACACCCUCUGGACCCGAGAGUUCUAUGUCUCCCACGACUCCAUCCAGUCAUCGAGAAGAGAUGGAAGUUGACCUGCCAUACACUGCACCAUUUGGAAACAAAAAUCCAUUAAAAUGGACGGUUCAGGAGGUGUUUGACUUUGUCAAUGGACUUCCAGGAUGCUCAGACUAUGCUGAGGAAUUCCGCUCUCAAGAGAUUGAUGGUCAGGCUCUGAUGUUGCUGAAAGAGGAUCAUCUCAUGUCAGCAAUGAACAUGAAACUUGGUCCAGCCUUGAAAAUAUGCUCUCACAUUACCAGUUUAAAAGAUGAAAACAACACUUAGUGCUGUGUGUUCUUAAUAAUACAAAGCAUACUGAUUUAUGCUAUCCUUAAAAGCUGACAGUGUGACAGAUAACAAGCUUGUUGUUUGCUGGGUCUUCACUUAAUUUUCUACAUCACCACUUAGAAUGAAGAACUCAAAGUAUUUUGUGUGAAAUCUCUUUCAUCCUUAUUGUCUCGCCUAUCUGAAAAAGCAAAGUUGAAGAAAAAAAAUGUAUAUAUAUAUAUAUAUUUAUGUAAGUACUCUUGCUCUGUUUGUGGUUACGUUAACCAUACCUCAUCUGGUAAUUCCAAGAUCAUCAUGGCAUUUUUUGAUUAACAUCCUUCGAAGCUGCAGUUACGUAAGCGGAUUCUAUCUAAAUGCAAUUAAAUGUUUUCUAUGAAAUUGUUUUGUAAUUAUUACAAAUUACAAAGAGUACAAACUAUAAGAUUUGUAUACAAGUAAGUGUUAACAAAACAUCAACAAUAAAACAGGCAUCACCAUCAAUUUGUGUAAAAACUACAAAAUAUGAUAUCACUGUGAAUGUGACUUAUCGUUUGUUACUAGUGUUCAUCUGUAAAAUGACACUGAAAAGCUUCCGUCUAAGUAUAGCUAUCACAGAAAUGUUAAAGUUAAUAUUUAAUGUGUUGCUGUAAUAAUUAUGGAAACUAACCAUAACUUUGGAAUUUUUAUUUUAACUGUAAAAAUUUUUAUCUGUAUACUUUUGUUAUUGCAUGCUUUACCACAACAUCACUGCCAAAAUUAGCUGUUUGUAAUGUUUCCAUGCACACAGUUGAAACUCACUUAUUGUAUCAUUUUAUCAAAACUUUUAUCUUUUUUUUUUUAUAAGGCGUACUUGAAUGUUUUAAAAAGAGAUUCUUCAAGAAACAAAGUUUUUAGUGGCUUUUAAAGUGACCUAUAUGUAUUUCAGUGUAAUGGAUUGUUCUGUGGUUACAGUCUCUGAAUAAAACAUUUUUUACACCC